UACGAACGUCUGUCUUUGUUAUGGUCGCUUGAUGCAAUUUUUUUAAAAACGUAGAUCAACUUCGUGUCAAUCAGAUUUCUUCUGUGUACUCUCGAACCGUCCCAAAGACAACAAGUCUUAAAGGCCUUAUUGUCUUGAUUGUUUUGGAAACGCAAAAGUGUCAAGUGAAAAUCCGUGAUUAUGCAUAAUCCAUUCCUAUUUUCAGCGUUCUACAUCUUUUUGGUACUUUCACCUGUUGACAGAUCGUUCGUUCAAGUCAAUUGUUGGCAUGAUUCAUGCGAUCGGGCAGUCGGAAGAACAGUGGCAGAAUCGAACGAUAUUUCGAAUCUUGGCAAUGAUUUUGAAAAUGGUGUAGUUCACCCAUGGAUUGAACAAUCAGAAGCCAGUGCUAAAUGGAAAAUUGAGAACAUAACAUCACCUUGGCAAACCAAUAAUGCAGCACCUACACCAUUGAAUGGCAAAAAUUAUCUUCGUAUCGAUCGUGGGACGUCUUUAUCAUUCAACAUAGCUAUUCUGCGCAGCCCACAUUUUAAAAUUCCACCCGGCAAUGAUAACGUGAUCUUCUCCUUCUCUUUUUGGAUUCGUUCCAAAUGGCCACAAUUCACAAAUCUUGAGUUGUAUUUAGCGAAAGAGGAAAACGAAAGCCUUCUUCUAAGUUUGCACAAUUAUUCCGAUAUCAACAAUUUGGCAUGGCAAUCUCAAUCGGUUUUGCUAACAGAUUCAUCGUCCACUUUGACGUUGGUGUUUUACGCUUAUUGCGGAUUAGACAUGGAAGAUGCUGUUGCCAUUGAUGAUCUACGAUUUAUCUCGCAAUCUACUACGUCGAUUCCAUCACCAUCAUCGACCGAAUCGAUUCCGUCAUCAUCGUCAACCGAAUCCACGGCUGUAACUGACUUUGCAACUACAGAAAUCAGCAAGGAUACCACUGUCGUAACAGAUAUGUCCACCACAAGUACUCCGCUUAAAACAACUACGGAGCAGGAGGCUCAAACGACAACGACCACUAGCACUUCAGGUUGCCCAAGUUCUUUCGGAAGUGAUACUAGAAUGAGUUGUUGGAUAUUGGAGGGAAAAUGCUAUUGCUUCUCACUGACUACCGCUAGUUUGAGUUGGAUGAAUGCAGAUGCUUUCUGUAAAAGCGGAAACAUGACGCUAGCCAGCCUUGAAACUAAAGAAGAAGACGAACUGAUCUACAAUCACGUAAAAACCAUACCAGGAAUGUCCAAUACCAGGUACUGGAGUUCAGGAAAAUAUUCGAUGGAUGAAGAUAGGUUUUGGGAAUGGGAAUCUACAGAACCCUACCAGCCCUUCACAUACACCAAUUGGAGUCCUGGUGAACCUAGUGAAAAUGAAUUUGGAUACUGUGUUUAUCUUGAUUUCAACAGUGAUUUUAGCAGUGGUUACUGGAAAAAUUUGUUAUGCACCAACCCAAGAAGAUUCAUCUGUGAAUCAAUCAACUAAAAUCGUAGCCCAUCUGUAAUUGAUCUGUAACUAAUUUAAUUUGU